AUGGUUGAAGAGAAAGUCUUAGGCUUCGUACGAAUUGGACUUCGUGGAUUUGCUGCACUUUGUGCAGUUAUCGUCUUCGCAGUCAUUGCAGACCAACUUCAGAGAACGUUUUUAAUUGCCGACGUGUGCGCAUACGGAUUAUCACCCCUGAGAGAACAACGGACUACUUCUAUUGGUGACACGAGAGCGUGCAACUAUGGGAUAGGCGUCGGCGUUCUGGCACUCAUCGCUGCCAUCGCGCUAAUCAUUUUUGAUGUUCUGACUGCUGUGCUCUCUGUCGGCGGAGCAACUCUGGCAAAAAUCGCUUCUAUUGUGGACGUCGUAGCAUCUGCGUUGUUGUCGCUUCUUUGGGUUGUUGGCUUCAUUUACUUGGCCAAGACGUGGGAUGAUUCCGACCCUAGCAGCCUUGCAUUUCUGUAUCCUGACGGCGAAGCACCAGCACGAGCUUCCAUCGCAUUUUGCUUCUUCUCAAGCGUGAUAUGGGUAAAGCUAAAACGUCUAUAA